AUGAAUACUCACGCCUUGCGCGGCACAAAAUCUUCAUACUCUGAUAUUCCUUCACAACAACCAGACUCAUCGCGUUAUUCAGACUCGCGCAGCAUCCACGACUGGUUGGAGGCCGUCUUCGUGGCGCAUAACCGAUCGGAGAAAGGCCGCGCCGAUGAUGCGCUGCGAGCUACCUGCCACACAGCAAAAUCGUGUUCGGCCGCUAGGAUACAGACAAAAAUGAUACGAGACAACAAAAAACCCAAUGCGCGGGUAACGAGAUCGAAGAGUCGUCAACAGUCCAUUAGAGACGAGAUUGUGUCGGUGGAGGUAAACGUUGCGGCGUUCCAUAUCGCGGAAGGAAGUGAGGGAGAGCAAAACAUGGAAGACAUAGGCAACAAUUGCACUGCAAAACAUCUUCCCUCAGAGCUACGGAUGCUCAGGCAACCUGGCCUCACCAGUCUACCGUCUACCACAUCCGCACACCACUGGAUAUCCGCCGAUACUCAAUCACAA